CGCCGACGUGGGCGGGGCGCGCCCCUUACGUCGGCCGCGAAGGUGACCGGAGAGGGAGAGAAGUUGACGCCGCUGCCGCCAUGUUGUCCCUGGCCGCCCGCUCCGGCCCCUUCGCCCCCUACCUCUCGGCCGUCGCGCAUGGCGUGCCGGGCCCGCUGAAGUCCAUAGCGCCGGGCCUGGCGCCGGCGGCCCCCAAGCUGGUGACUCUGGAGCCCAAGCGGUCUCUGCUCUGCCGGGAGUCGCUGGCCGGGCAGGCGGCCCGCGGUGGCCUCGCCGCCACUGCCAGCCUCAACGCUCCUGCUAGUGUUCGUUAUGUCCACAAUGACAUCACUGUGCCUGACUUCUCUGACUACCGUCGCCAUGAUGUAUUGGAUAGCACCAAAUCAUCCCAGGAGAGCAGCGAUUCCAGAAAAAUGUUCUCCUACUUCAUAACAGCAACCACUUGUGUGGCCUCGGCAUAUGCAGCGAAGAAUGUUGUCACCCAGUUUGUCUCCAGCAUGAGUGCUUCUGCCGACGUGUUGGCGUUGUCGAAGAUUGAGAUUAAGCUGUCUGAUAUUCCAGAAGGGAAGAACAUGACUUUCAAGUGGAGAGGGAAGCCCCUGUUUGUGCGCCACAGAUCCCAAAAAGAGAUUGAAAAAGAAGCGGAAGUAGCUUUGUCUGAAUUGAGAGACCCACAGCAUGAUUUAGACAGAGUAAAGAAACCUGAAUUCCUUAUACUGAUAGGGGUGUGCACCCAUCUUGGGUGUGUGCCCAUUGCAAACGCGGGCGAUUAUGGUGGCUAUUACUGCCCCUGCCAUGGGUCGCAUUAUGAUGCGUCUGGCAGAAUCCGAAAAGGUCCAGCCCCAUACAACCUUGAGGUUCCGUUCUAUGAAUUCCCUUCAGAAGACUUAGUAAUUGUGGGCUAAAUUGCUGGACACUUGGGUUCUCUGUCGUGCAUUCGUGCACAUACACAUUGUGGGAAGAGGCUGGCGUAAUAUGAAAACUAAUUUAACUGUAAGGUAUUGCUAACUGUCCAAAGUUGCUAUUCAGCAAGAAUGAUUUAUUUGUGUUCUUGGCCAGUUUUAAAGGAUUAAACUGAUUCCUUGGAAUAAGA